CAAGGCCAGAACCAGCACAGCGGGCUCUGCGUGUCGAGGUCCUGAAGGCAGAGGUAUCAGCUGCUGCACGAUGCCUUGUUGGCCUGGAAGGAAGGCUCUGCUCUGCACCCUGGUGCCCCUUCUCUUUGGCUGGCAUCUCCCAAAGACCCAUUCUGAGCAAAAAAACAACGCUGCUGACCAGGAGACCUUGCAGAGUUACCUGCCUGCCACAAUGGAGUUUGCCUUGCACAUGUUUAACAUGGAGAGCCAGGACAAGCAAGCCUACAAGCUGGAGAAGCUACUGCAAGCCUGGAGGGAGAAGAAUGAAGAGUUUAUAGCGUUCUCCAUGGAAUUGUUGGUGCGCCGAACCAAGUGUGGCAAACUGGAGGAAGACACAGAGAACUGCCCCUUUGAAGACCACCAGGGCCAGAGCCAUGCUUUCACCUGCUUCUUCACCAUCACUACCAUGCCCUGGAAAACAGAGUUCGCCCUCCUCAACAAGACCUGCUCCGAGCUACCUCCGUGACGGCGCCUGAGCUGCAGGCCUGGCCAGCGCAGCUCCCUGCCUUCUGGGGACACCAGCGCUUCCCUCCAGGCUGCUCUGCCAUGUCCUAGAUCUCCCAGCCUCUGUGCUCCCAAGGAUCUCCACAUGGGCACCUGCCUACUGCCCCUGUGCUGCCACACUGUUGCUGGGGACAGGGAGGGGAGUAUCUCAUUAAACUGUCUGCAUGUCCAA